UUUGUUCUUAUGAGUUAUGAAUUUUGUUGUUACUUAAACAAUUAAUAUUUGUCUUGAAUUUUUGGCAAAAUUUUCGAGAAGAAAAUUCAAAAAGUAAUAAUCAUACCCGAGUCUUAAAACGAAUCGAAACGUUUCGCUGGUUUUAAACCGAUACACAUCGUUACACUCAAAUUUAUUCCUUGAAAUCUUGAUAGCGUUUCUUCGGUAGCCGGCGAUUUCGUUGGUAACGUCAUGUACGUCCGUGUCCGUAUAUCAACUUUUGGGUUCUCACUUUCGUAACGUUUCUAAAAACAAAUAUAAACCCAACAGACAACACCAACAUUGUGGACUACAAAAAGCGUACUCUUGUCUCCCGACGACAUACGUCUGCGACGUAUAAUUCACUGGUUUUGUGACUCGUUGUUAAUUUGAGUUUGGCUUAAUAUAAUAUAUCAGUAUCGUUCCUAAUUGAUAUUAAUUUUAGUCUACGAUAGUCUUGAGAAAAACCAUCAUGAAAUUGGUCAAGUUUUUGAUGAAAUUAAGUCAUGAAACGGUAACAUUAGAACUGAAAAAUGGCACCAGUGUUCACGGAACCAUUACAGGAGUUGAUGUUGCCAUGAACACUCAUUUGAAAACAGUGAAAAUGACUAUGAAAAAUAAUCAGCCAGUGCUUUAUGAAACACUUAGCGUUCGUGGCAACAAUAUACGGUACUUCAUUUUACCUGAUUCACUAACCCUAGAAACACUACUAGUUGAUGAUGUACCUAAAUCAAGGGUAAAUCGUAGUGGGCGAGGAAUUCAUGGAGGACCUGGGAGAAGUCGUGGACGUGGAGGUCCAAGAGGACGAGGAAGUCGUGGAGGACCUCGCGGAGGUGGAAGUCGUGGACGUGGUGGACCACCUCGACGUUAAUAAUAUAAUUCAUGUUCCUAAUAUAUAAGAAAAUAUUUGAAAUAUAUUAUUUUACAUAUUUGAAA